AUGUCGCCUCGUCGUAAGAGAAAUAGUUUCGAGAGCUCAUUGCCGGUUGCAUCUUCUUCGUGUUCGACUUCUGCCGUCACGUCCUUACCUACGGUUGCUUCAGCACCUGCUCUAGUGCCUGGUACUUGGGCUUCUGCUUCGAUCGAUUUCGCCAGAAUAUUUAGCUUCGGUUAUUCAGCCCAUUCAGACACCGAUUUCGGCCAUCGUACAGCAGUCGUUAUCUGCCGCAGUUGGCGCUCCUUCCGUUUCUAUGCAAGGCCUUCCCGCCAUUUCUGUUCAAGGGUCGCUGGAGUCAACUUUGGUUAAUCGCGCGGCACAUUUGGACGCCUUUGGCAUGCACCAUCCUUAGUCUUAAACCAUAAGCGCGGCAUCUCAGUCAUCGACUGCUGCUGGGUCCCUGCCUCUGAAUGCUUCGACCUCGUCCACUUCUCUGCAAGUGGGUUCGCAGGUAAACGCUUUGCCAGGUACGUCAUCGUUUCUUUUUGUUCCACCUUUUGUCUCUGUGUUUUCCUCCGCUAG